UCGGGUCCCGCGGCCCGGCCGGCCGCCGGCGCCGCUGCGAGCCGUCCAUGGUGCAGCGUAUGUGGGCCGAGGCGGCCGGGCCUGCGGGCGGCGCCGAGCCGCUGUUUCCGGGCUCCCGGCGGAGCCGCAGCGUGUGGGACGCCGUGCGCCUGGAGGUGGGCGGCCCCGCCAGCUGCCCGGUGGUGCUGCACAGCUUCACGCAGCUCGACCCCGACUUGCCCCGCCUGGAGAGCUCUACGCAGGAGAUUGGCGAGGAGCUGGUCAACGGGGUCGUCUACUCCAUCUCCCUACGCAAGGUUCAGGUGCACCACGGGACCAACAAGGGCCAGCGCUGGCUCGGGUGUGAAAAUGAGUCGGCCCUGAACCUGUAUGAGACCUGCAAGGUGCGCACCGUGAAGGCAGGCACGCUGGAGAAGCUGGUGGAGCACCUGGUGCCUGCCUUCCAGAGCAGUGACCUCUCCUAUGUCACCAUCUUCCUGUGCACCUACCGAACCUUCACCACCACCCAGCAGGUCCUGGACCUGCUGUUCAAAAGCAGGUACGGUAGAUGUGACGCCCUCACGGCCUCCUCUAGAUACGGAUGCAUCCUCCCUUAUUCCCAGGACGGCGGACCCCAGGACCAACUGAAAAAUGCCAUCUCCUCCAUCCUGGGCACCUGGCUGGACCAGUACUCAGAGGACUUCUGCCAGCCUCCAGACUUUCCCUGUCUCAAGCAGCUGGUGGCCUAUGUGCAGCUCAACAUGCCCGGCUCCGACCUGGAGCGCCGUGCCCACCUCCUCCUGGCUCAGCUGGAGCACACAGAACUCACUGAGGCAGAGCUGGAAGCUCUAUCACCAGCUCCAGCUCCAGCUCUAAAGAUAACUCCAGAGCCAGAGCCAACUCUAGCACCAGCUCUAGUGCCCGGUCUAGCGCCAGCUCUAGAACUAGAGCCAGUGCCGGCUCUAGAGCCAGUGCCAGCUCCAGAGCCAGUGCCAGUGCAAGCUCCAGAGCCAGAGCCAGUGCCAGCUCCAGAGUCGGCUCCAGCACCAGAGCUAGAGCUAGACCAGCUCAACCCCGCACCAGCUUCAACACCAACUCCAGAGCUGGAGUCGGCUCUGUCACACACUCUAGAGCUCAAGCCAGCUCCAGCACCAGAGCCCUCCUGGCCUUCGCCUGUGGCGGCAGAGAAUGGGCUGAGUGAGGAGAAGCCUCACCUCUUGGCGUUCCCCCCCGACCUGGUGGCAGAGCAGUUUACCCUGAUGGAUGCGGAGCUGUUCAAGAAAGUCGUGCCCUACCACUGCCUGGGUUCCAUCUGGUCCCAACGGGACAAGAAGGGCAAGGAGCACCUGGCUCCCACCGUGCGUGCCACCGUCACCCAGUUCAACAAUGUGGCCAACUGCGUCAUCACCACCUGCCUGGGAGACCGGAGUGUGACAGCCCGGGACAGGGCCAGGGUAGUGGAACAUUGGAUCGAGGUGGCCAGGGAGUGCCGGGUCCUCAAGAACUUCUCGUCACUCUAUGCCAUCCUCUCCGCCCUCCAGAGCAACUCGAUCCACCGACUGAAGAAGACGUGGGAAGAAGUUUCCAGGGACAGCUUCCGGAUCUUUCAGAAGCUGUCGGAGAUUUUCUCAGAUGAGAACAACUACUCGCUGAGCAGAGAGCUGCUCAUCAAGGAGGGGACCUCCAAGUUUGCCACCCUCGAGAUGAACCCCAAGAGAGCCCAGAAGCGACCCAAGGAGACGGGCGUCAUCCAGGGCACCAUUCCCUAUCUGGGCACGUUCCUCACAGACCUGGUGAUGCUGGACACCGCAAUGAAGGACUAUCUGUAUGGGAGACUAAUCAACUUCGAGAAGAGGAGGAAGGAAUUCGAAGUGAUCGCCCAGAUCAAGCUGCUGCAGUCAGCCUGCAACAAUUACAGCCUCGAGCCGGAGCAGCACUUUGGGGCCUGGUUCCGGGCCAUGGAGAGGCUCAGCGAGACUGAGAGCUACAACCUGUCGUGUGAGCUGGAGCCCCCCUCCGAGUCGGCCAGCAACACCCUGAAGGCCAAGAAGAACACAGCCAUCGUCAAGCGCUGGAGCGACCGCCAGGCCCCCAGCACGGAGCUGAGUACCAGCGGCAGCUCCCACUCCAAGUCCUGUGACCAGCUCAGGUGUGGCCCCUACCUCAGCAGCGGGGACAUCGCCGAUGCGCUCAGCGUGCACUCGGCCGGCUCGUCCAGCUCCGACGUGGAGGAGAUCAAUAUGAGCUUUGUCCCAGAGUCCCCAGAUGGCCAGGAAAAGAAGUUCUGGGAGUCAACCUCCCCGUGGUCCCCAGAGACGUCCGGCGUCAGCUCGGCCUCCAGCACCUCGUCCUCCUCAGCCUGUACCACGCCUGUGGCCAGCGCCCGCACACACAAGCGCUCGGUCUCAGGGGUCAGCAGCUACAGCGCGUCGCUGCCGCUCUACAACCAGCAGGUGGGCGACUCCUGCAUCAUCCGGGUCAGCCUGGACGUGGACAACGGCAACUUGUACAAGAGCAUCCUGGUGACCAGCCAAGACAAGGCUCCAGCUGUCAUCCGCAAAGCCAUGGACAAACACAACCUGGACGGCGAUGAGCCAGAGCAGUACGAGCUGGUGCAGGUUAUUUCAGACGAGCGAAAGCUGAAGAUCCCUGAUAACGCCAACGUGUUCUACGCCAUGAACUCUACUGCCAACUAUGACUUUGUCCUAAAGAAACGGACCUUCACCAAGGGGGCAAAGGUCAGGCAUGGAGCCAGCUCAACCCUCCCCCGUAUGAAGCAGAAGGGACUUAAGAUUGCCAAGGGCAUCUUCUAGCUGGUCCUUGGUGCUGGCCAGCCACGGGACCGCCCUUUCCAGGGUCGAGCUGGCCGGGCAACUAAGCACUUGCAGACAACAGUGGCGCGGGCCAGGCGGGCACCUUCUGCCCAACCUGUGAGCCCAGGCCACCCCCAGACUGCAGUUUCACCCUGAACUUCUCCUGCUGCCGGGAUUGACGCCUGCUGGUCGUAGGCUGACCUGGCCUCCUGUGGACCACUCGCUGCCUUAGGUGCCUUCUGCUCUCUGGAACCAGAGGACUAGCUGACUUUGCCAAGGAGCGCUGCCAGUGGGUGUGGAGCCCUGCAUGCCACCAGGCACUGCCUUCUGUGCACGUCCCUUAUACCUUCCAGGGGUGGGUCACUGCCACUUACGCCCAUGGGCACCCCAGGGCAUCCACUCAUCCACUGGGUCUGACCACUGCAGUUCUCUCCUGUGCCCUCAGACACCGGCCGUGCCCUUCAGGAGGGUCCCGGCCCCUCCUCCCACCACUCUAGCCUUCCUCAGGCUGCACCAAAGAUUCCAUCAUCAGGGCCAACGGAGAGUGAGCGAGUCUCGCCCGACCCCACCCCAGCCCUCCUUCGGGAGAGGAGAGAGAGACCAUCGUCAUGGACCACACGCUUCACCGGUGGGUGAGGACGGUCUCAGCCAAGUCCCAUCGACGUCAAAUCUCAUGACACAGCAAGUGCCAUUCUCCACUGCAUCCCUGGCCACACGAGACCACACGAGACGGGGUUAGUGGGAAAGGAGGACUUGGGGGAGGGGAGUGAAUAUUUGUAUAAAAGGCAAAAACAAAAAAUGUUUACCAGUUGGGGAGGGGCAAUAUUUAUUUGUUGUAAAUAGCAAAUACUAGACUUGAAUAUUAUAUUAAAACCCUGUUUCUACUAUA